AUGGGAUCUCUAUGCAGGCAUGUGGCUGUGGGUGCGUCGCUUUUCGCGGUCGCGACAGCCCAGAUCAGGGUUCGUCUGAGCCCGUCCACCGUGAACACCCUCGCAGAACCCGAUUUUCACACCUGGGCCAUUGAAAACGAAAGCCAGAAUGCGUCCACAACGCUUGACUCUCUCGAUUUGACGUUGUCCGUCUCGCCCGAGUCGGACUUGGAGGGCAACAGCUACAAGUAUCAAUAUACGCGGCCCAUCUCCCAUCUCGGAGAAAGAGUCGUCAACCAAGGGAUUACCACCUCCAGCGACAACCCCGGGCCGAUUACGUUGACCAUCCAAGGUUUGGAAGCAGGGGAGCACACCCUGUUGACAUGGCAUAAUGCCUGGGACUCUUUGGACUCCACCGCCACAAUCUCCGUGUCGGUGGACGGUGAGGACAAGGCUUCGGACAUUGAGCAGUCGAUUCGCGUGGAUAACAUUUGGGAGACCGCCACAUCUUAUGUGACAUUCACUGUGGACUCUGCCGGUCAACCGGUGGAAAUCGUCUACACACCCUCCAGUGUGGAUGGACUUGUCUAUCUCAACGGCUUCGAGGUUGACACCCCGGCCUUGAAAGACCAAAUCUCAUUCCCUUCUCCAUCGCAUCGUGACGAGCACCUGCAGCUUGGCGGCGACGAUAGUAUCACAGCAACCUGGAGAGCCCCGUAUUCUACUGCUGCAGUCACAUAUAAUGUCUACAUGGGAAAUUCGUCCGAUGCCCUCGACAUUGUAAAAGAAGGGCUGAGUGAAACACAGGUAGCCCUAUCAGGGCUGAACACCAUGGACACUUUCUACUGGCGUGUGGAUGUGAUUUCUGGCAACAGCACAUAUACAGGUCGGAUAUUCAUGUUUCGGCUUGCACAAUUAGCAUUUCCGGGGGCGGAGGGAUAUGGUCGCUUUGCCCGUGGCGGUCGCGGGGGCAAAGUCGUCAAGGUGACCAGUCUGGAGGACAGUGAGGAGCCGGGAACCCUGCGUUACGCGCUGGCCGUCGCGACUGGUCCUCGGAUUGUCGUGUUCGAUGUGGGAGGGGUCAUCACGAUCAAUUCGCGCCUCACGGUGAGUGACAGCUAUGUGACGGUAGCCGGUCAAACGGCACCCGGCAAGGGCAUCGCCGUCCAAGGCCACCCGUUGGGUCUCUCUGGUGCAUCAGAUGUGAUCUUCAGGCAUGUGCGUGUCAGACCAGGAAGUGGCUCGGGCGAGACAGUCGAUGGCAUGGGCAUGGCAGGAUCCAACUACUGCAUUCUUGACCGCUGUUCAAUGGGAUGGGGGAUCGAUGAGUGCUUCUCGUCCCGCACAGCGCAUAACAUCACCUUCCAGCGAAACAUGAUAUCGGAGCCCCUCAACGUCGCGGGACACAAGAACUAUCCUGAAGGGACAGCUCACGGGUAUGCAGCAACCAUUGGGGGCGACGUGGGCUCCUUCCACCAUAACCUGAUUAGCCAUGCGGAAGGCCGGAGCUGGAGCAUGGGUGGCGGUGUCGACGACAACUCGACCUUCGCUGGCCGUCUUGAUAUUCGGAAUAACGUGGUGUACAACUUCGGCUCGCGUGUUACCGAUGGCGGUGCUAAGGAAGUGAACUUCGUGGGCAAUCUGUACAAGCAGGGGCCGGCCAGCGAACUAACAUAUGCCCUGAAAGCUACGUAUGAAGAUAACUUGCCCGGAACCCAGCAGUAUCAUUGUGCUGGGAAUUCGAUGCCCGACGCAUUUGACCAGGAUUCCGUUCAAUACCCACCAGGGGAUGGCACAGGUCAGACCUCAAAGAUCGCCUGCUAUGCAGACGUCAGUAUUGACCCGGCGCCUGAGUACCAAAAGUUCUUCGAUGAGCCUUUUUUCCCCUCGUAUAUCGAAGAGCAUACGUCCACGGAAGCCUACAAGCGUGUGCUCUCGGACAGUGGCGCCAGUCAGCCUGUCGUGGAUGACCACGACAAGCGCAUUAUCCAGGAGACCCUGAAUGGAACAGCUACGUACAGCGGUUCGAAAACCGGCAAGCCGGGCCUAAUCGACAACGAAGCGGAUGUCGGUGGGCUGGAAGAAUUCCCCACGACAACGCGGCCGACAAGUUGGGACGCCAACGACGAUGGUAUUGCAGAUUGGUGGGACGACUCCACUGGCGGAGAUGGCUAUACGGUGAUCGAAGGCUAUAUCAAUUUUAUGGCAGAGCCACAUGUGUUUGUGGCUCCAGGGGCAUCGGUCAAGUACGAUUUGGCCGGCCUGGCUGGGGGGUUUUCCAAUCCAGCUUUCGAGGUAUCUGGCGGGGGGUUAGGCUCCGUAUCUGUAGACGGUACAGUGGCAACGUACACUGCGGGUGAUCAGGCCGGGGUAGACCGAUUCAUUGUAACCAUCUCAGAUGAUGAGGACAGUACGUGGGAGAGGUCAGUGGGUGUCGCGAUCUUUGACGACGCUGAGUCUGUGGAAUAA